AUAGCCUCCCAAGGGUUAAAGAAAAGAACUUAUGUUUCACUAUUAAGACACUUCAGUGAUGUCUCCAAUUGCUGCACAUGAUAAAACACACAAUUCAGCAUGCGGUUGUGCACAGAAGUCUUUUCCAAGUUCAUGUAAAAUACUUUUGAACCUGUCUUUGUUAUACGAUUUUAUAUGGUCAUAUUUUAAAUUCACAAUUAGUGACUCCUCUCUCUGGGUCUUGAACAGGUGGAAUGGUGAUCAAGAGCACGCAUGCACUCGAAACGCGUCCAUGUUGCAGUGUGUCACUGCAAGAUUUUUAUCACUGUGGAAUACAAAUAAAGAAUUGAUGUUUUACAGAAUUGGUGGAUCAAACACACCGUUUUUUUCACUACCAAGCUGGGCCAGGCUAAGGAUCUGCGCAAGACCAUUGGGAGACUCUGGGAGUCUGACGAAGCGGGCUGAGUCCCCUGAAACAGCUGUAACUACACGUGUGUGCCCUCGGCGUUCCUGCCGGUGUCCUGCUUCUUGUGUUUAUGUCCAUGGCCUUCACGGAAUAAAGUCUUGGUGCACAAGCUUACGGCACCAACCUUCUACACUGAAGAUCUAUGCAAGGUCAGGAGUGGUCAGACCACCAGGACCCCACCGAUCCCAACAAGGUACCAGCUCUCACAAAGGCACCACAUAAGCAGGAGUGAGAUGUGGUGGACAAG